GUUAGUUGAGAGGUUCUGAGGAGGCACUACACAGCUCUGGGAUCCAGUUUGAAGUCAGUGUUCAUUUUGCUACUGGUGUGAUGGAGAAGUGUGUGAUGACACUCCCAGUCCUGCUGCUGUUCCUGGGCCUGGUUGGGAUGUCCCGGUCCUGUCUGGAUCCAGCCUCUGCAUACAGGUUCACUGGGGCUGUCUGUAGGCUGACCUACCCUGCAGCGGUGGUCUGUGAGUAUCGAUCUUAUUUAUUCCUGCCUCACUAUGGUGUACUCUCAAAUGUUUUUCACCAGAGCUGUUACUGACAGGGUAGUUGAACUGUUUUGUUGAGUAUUAUCUUUAAUUGUGUAUUUUCUCUUCAGUAAAUGAAAAGACGACCAAGGUCAUCCAGGCUGCAUUCCAGCAUGCCAAAUAUCCAAGCAUCAGCAGCGAGAAGUCUAUUCCCUUUGUUGGAAAGGUGAAAUAUGGGCUUGCCAAGUGAGUGGACCUGACCUCUAAUUCCACAGUCAGUGUACCUGCACCACAUGCAUGUGGUUAUGCUGUUCCUUUCAUCCUCCUCCAUUACCUCACAUGCUCUCCUUUUAUCCUGUAUUCACUUAUCAUUGAUAAUGUAUAUGACACAUGAUUGGAUGAAUGCAUAAGCACUCAUUUUUCAAUCAGUAACAGAUUGAAUGUCAACACUAUUGCCAUUGCUUUAUUGAUUUGCUCCUUUAUUCUUGCUAAAAUGAACAACCAAUAAUAAUGUCCUCUCCUGACCUUUGCCCUCUCAGUCUGGAGAUCCAUAACCUGUCGAUUGGGCGGAGUGAGUUUGAGCUCAUACCAGGUGAAGGCAUUGAGAUUGCCAUCUCCAACGUGUCUGCUGUUUUCAAGGGAACCAUCCAGUAUGGAUAUGGAAGCUGGCUGUGAGUCCUUCCAUCAGUAACUGUGAAAACGGAGGAUGAGAGGGAUGGAAAUAGUUGGUGAUAUGAUUAGAUAGAACUUUCUAGAUCUUGCAAUUACGUAUGUUGUGAUUUAUCCAAAUUUCAUGUUGGCUACUACAUACGUUUUGUAUGUUGACCUUGAAUAGCUGCGUGGUCAUGACACUGCCAUGUGUCAUCUGUUUUGCAGUGUCAAUGUGGGACAUUCAGUAGAUUUUGAAAUUGAUUCGCACAUUGAUCUUGGCAUUAACCCCAAACUCUGUAAGUACCUUUUUCUGCCCAUUGUUUUUGUGGUGUUCAAUGUUCACUCUUCCUUCUCAUUCUUCCUAAGAGUUUACAGGAAUCUUAUCUUACCUUUUGUCAUGUAUUUCCUGGCACUGAUCAUGUGCUUUCUCUGUCUCAGAUUGUGGAAAGGGAAAAGUUGCUGCAGACACAUCAGACUGCUACCUCACGUUCCACAAGCUCGAUCUCCUGCUUCAGGGAGACAGGGAGUACGUGGCACGUUAUGGAACCCAGAUAGUUUUAUACACAUAGUGUAAAAUGGUAUCUGUAAUGUGCUCUGCCUUCAAAGAAAGUAACUGCAACAUGAAGGACAAACCCUAUGUUUUACAUUUUGGCUUUAGGCCUGGCUGGCUCAAGAGGCUGUUCACAAACUUCAUCACCUUCACUGUGAAGCUGGUUGUUAAAAUCCAGGUAAGUGAUGAAUCAGAGGGAAGUAUAGAAUAAUAAUUUACAGUAUUUCAAAGUAUUGGACAGAGGCCUCAAUGAUGGCUCAACUCUGCCCUCUACUGUCUUGUUAAUGCAACCCAGCUAGAAAUUUGACAAACGUCAUCUGUCACAUCAGCUGCAACAAAAAAUGAAACAAUGCCUCUGUUUCCGUCAUCUUAGAUCUGUAAGGAGAUCAAUAAUGUGGCAAACAUAUUGGCUGACUUCAUACAGGAACAAGCAGGUAUGGUCACAUUUGGGGAGCCUGGGUAGAUAACUCACGAAGCCUAUUGAAGUAACAUGAUUAUGUCUUAUUUUGAAUAUCUGUCAGUGACUAUGUUUACAUCUCCGCGUUGAUUCCCACAGAGCAAUUCCUUAGUGAUGGUGACAUCAGCAUGGAUAUUGGAGUAACUUCUGCCCCUGUCAUCACAUCCAAUUACAUUGAAUCAUACCACAAGGUACUGUAUAGCCCUUUAUUAUCUAGCAUCCAAAUUCAUUGUACAUGAUGAUGCACAAUACCAAUUGUUGUUAUAUGUAUUACAGUAUCUUUCUUCUGUCUUCCCAUGAUGUCCAGGGUCUGGCCAAAUACAACAACGUGACAGCUGUCAUCAAUGCGUCUGUAUUCGACCCCAGCCAACUGACAGAGGACCGCAUGCUGUACUUCUGGAUCUCUGAUGAGGUCUUGAACCCCCUGAUUACAGCUGCCCACCAAGAUAGACGUUUUGUCCUCAACAUCUCUGGCCUGGAGCUCACAGUAGGUGUCUAACAGACUAGUGGAAGUCAUGUGUCCAAGGCAGCAUUUAUCAGAGAAACAGUCAUCAGGACUUGUUGUUGAGGUUUGGCCCACGGUGUGUUACAAUAUGGUAGAGGCAGGGCAACUGACUGUAGCACUGUGACGGUCAAUGAAAUUCUUGUUCAUUACAAGCUGAAUUACUGUGUUUGUGUUAAUGUAAGCCAGUUAUUUAACAUGGUCAAUUUCAUUUCAGGAACUGUUUAAGACAGAUUUGUCUACACCCAUGCCAGAGUUCCUAAGCCAGGUAAUGUGACAAACCCACUCAGGACAGUCCUCAGACACACACGACAUGCUUUUAUCAGCUCCACAGACCAUGCGACCUACCUUGGCCUCUGAAAUGUAGUGGUGUUUUGAGUUUACAUUGUAUUUCAAACCUCUUCUAUUGUGUGUAUACAGGUAAGUCAGAGUGUUUCUAUCUGUCUGUGCCUGUAUGACACCUGUCUCUCUGUAUCCCUUUGUCAGUUUCUGUCCUCUGAGGAGCCAGUGCUGAGGGUGUGGAGUGUGUCAGUGCCUCACCUGUGGACAACCCCACUGGGUACCUCUGUCAGAGCUGUGGCUGCAGCAGAGCUGACUAGUGGAGCUGAGGACAUCCCAGGACUUUACUUUGAGAUGGUCAGCCAAACAAACACUUGUUUUAAUAUUUUAAAUGAUAACCUAGCAUCAGACAGUCAUGUGUCCCAGAUGAGUAGCUGAAUGGGGUUUGCUGUUGUCUAGGAGGUGGAGGUUGUUGUGACUGCUUCAUACGCAAAGAAGAAACUGAUCCUAAAUGCUACAGCAUCACAGUGAGUCCAUUUACACACCUAUACUGUAGUGAACAUGUACAUACAGUGAGGGAAAAAAGUAUUUGAUCCCCUGCUGAUUUUGUACAUUUUCCCACUGACAAAGAAAUGAUCAGUCUAUAAUUUUAAUGGUAGAUUUAUUUGAACAGUGAGAGACAGAAUAACAACAGAAAAAUCCAGAAAAACGCAUAUCAAAAAUGUUAUAAAUUGAUUUGCAUUUUAAUUAGGGAAAUAAGUAUUUGACCCCUCUGCAAAACAUGACUUAGUACUUGGUGGCAAAACCCUUGUUGGCAAUCACAGAUGUCAGAUGUUUCUUGUAGUUGGCCACCAGGUUUGCACACAUCUCAGGAGGGAUUUUGUCCCACUCCUCUUUGCAGAUCUUCUCCAAGUCAUUAAGGUUUCGAGGCUGACGUUUGGCAACUCGAACCUUCAGCUCCCUCCACAGAUUUUCUAUGGGAUUAAGGUCUGGAGACUGGCUAGGCCACUCCAGGACCUUAAUGUGCUUCUUCUUGAGCCACUCCUUUGUUGCCUUGGCCGUGUGUUUUGGAUCAUUGUCAUGCUGGAAUACCCAUCCACGACCCAUUUUCAAUGCCCUGGCUGAGGGAAGGAGGUUCUCACCCAAGAUUUGACGUUACAUGGCCCAGUCCAUCGUCCCUUUGAUGCGGUGAAGUUGUCCUGUCCCCUUAGCAGAAAAACACCCCCAAAGCAUAAUGUUUCCACCUCCAUGUUUGACGGUGGGGAUGGUGUUCUUGGGGUCAUAGGCAGCAUUCCUCCUCCUCCAAACAUGGCGAGUUGAGUUGAUGCCAAAGAGCUCCAUUUUGGUCUCAUCUGACCACAACACUUUCACCCAGUUCUCCUCUGAAUCAUUCAGAUGUUCAUUGGCAAACUUCAGAGGGGCAUGUAUAUGUGCUUUCUUGAGCAGGGGGACCUUGCAGGCACUGCAGGAUUUCAGUCCUUCACGGCGUAGUGUGUUACCAAUUGUUUUCUUGGUGACUAUGGUCCCAGCUGCCUUGAGAUCAUUGACAAGAUCCUCCCGUGUAGUUCUGGGCUGAUUCCUCACCGUUCUCAUGAUCAUUGCAACUCCACGAGGUGAGAUCUUGCAUGGAGCCCCAGGACGAGGGAGAUUGACAGUUAUUUUGUGUUUCUUCCAUUUGCGAAUAAUCGCACCAACUGUUGUCACCUUCUCACCAAGCUGCUUGGCGAUGGUCUUGUAGCCCAUUCCAGCCUUGUGUAGGUCUACAAUCUUGUCCCUGACAUCCUUGGAGAGCUCUUUGGUCUUGGCCAUGGUGGAGAGUUUGGAAUCUGAUUGAUUGCUUCUGUGGACAGGUGUCUUUUAUACAGGUAACAAGCUGAGAUUAGGAGCACUCCCUUUAAGAGUGUGCUCCUAAUCUCAGGUCGUUACCUGUAUAAAAGACACCUGGGAGCCAGAAAUCUUUCUGAUUGAGAGGGGGUCAAAUACUUAUUUCCCUCAUUAAAAUGCAAAUCAAUUUAUAUAACAUUUUUGACAUGCGUUUUUCUGGAUUUUUUGGUUGUUAUUCUGUCUCUCACUGUUCAAAUAAACCUACCAUUAAAAUGAUAGACAUCAUUUCUUUGUCAGUGGGCAAACGUACAAAAUCAGCAGGGGAUCAAAUACGUUUUUUCCCUCACUGUACACAUGUACAGUGGGGGAAAAAAGUAUUUAGUCAGCCACCAAUUGUGCAAGUUCUCCCACUUAAAAAGAUGAGAGAGGCCUGUAAUUUUCAUCAUAGGUACACGUCAACUAUGACAGACAAAUUGAGAAAAAUAAAUCCAGAAAAUCACAUUGUAGGAUUUUUAAUGAAUUUAUUUGCAAAUUAUGGUGGAAAAUAAGUAUUUGGUCACCUACAAACAAGCAAGAUUUCUGGCUCUCACAGACCUGUAACUUCUUCUUUAAGAGGCUCCUCUGUCCUCCACUCGUUACCUGUAUUAAUGGCACCUGUUUGAACUUGUUAUCAGUAUAAAAGACACCUGUCCACAACCUCAAACAGUCACACUCCAAACUCCACUAUGGCCAAGACCAAAGAGCUGUCAAAGGACACCAGAAACAAAAUUGUAGACCUGCACCAGGCUGGGAAGACUGAAUCUGCAAUAGGUAAGCAGCUUGGUUUGAAGAAAUCAACUGUGGGAGCAAUUAUUAGGAAAUGGAAGACAUACAAGACCACUGAUAAUCUCCCUUGAUCUGGGGCUCCACGCAAGAUCUCACCCCGUGGGGUCAAAAUGAUCACAAGAACGGUGAGCAAAAAUCCCAGAACCACACGGGGGGACCUAGUGAAUGACCUGCAGAGAGCUGGGACCAAAGUAACAAAGCCUACCAUCAGUAACACACUACGCCGCCAGGGACUCAAAUCCUGCAGUGUCAGACGUGUCCCCCUGCUUAAGCCAGUACAUGUCCAGGCCCGUCUGAAGUUUGCUAGAGUGCAUUUGGAUGAUCCAGAAGAGGAUUGGGAGAAUGUCAUAUGGUCAGAUGAAACCAAAAUAUAACUUUUUGGUAAAAACUCAACUCGUCGUGUUUGCAUCCAAAGAACACCAUACCUACUGUGAAGCAUGGGGGUGGAAACAUCAUGCUUUGGGGCUGUUUUUCUGCAAAGGGACCAGGACGACUGAUCCGUGUAAAGGAAAGAAUGAAUGGGGCCAUGUAUUGUGAGAUUUUGAGUGAAAACCUCCUUCCAUCAGCAAGGGCAUUGAAGAUGAAACGUGGCUGGAUCUUUCAGCAUGACAAUGAUCCCAAACACACCGCCCAGGCAACGAAGGAGUGGCUUCGUAAGAAGCAUUUCAAGGUCCUGGAGUGGCCUAACCAGUCUCCAGAUCUCAACCCCAUAGAAAAUCUUUGGAGGGAGUUGAAAGUCCGUGUUGCCCAGCGACAGCCCCAAAACAUCACUGCUCUAGAGGAGAUCUGCAUGGAGGAAUGGGCCAAAAUACCAGCAACAGUGUGUGAAAACCUUGUGAAUACUUACAGAAAACAUUUGACCUGUGUCAUUGGCAACAAAGGGUAUAUAACAAAGUAUUGAGAAAUUUUGUUAUUGACCAAAUACUUAUUUUCCACCAUAAUUUGCAAAUAAAUUCAUUAAAAAUCCUACAAUGUGAUUUUCUGGAUUUUUUUUUCUAAUUUUGUCUGUCAUAGUUGACGUGUACCUAUGAUGAAAAUUACAGGCCUCUCAUCUUUUUAAGUGGGAGAACUUGCACAAUUGGUGGCUGACUAAAUACUUUUUUCCCCCACUGUAUAUGAACUGUAUAUGUCAAAAAAGGCAUUACAUAAAGACCAUGCUUUUAAUUGUUCUUGUGAUACUGACUCCACUGUGCCUCUAUAAGGGAUACCGACUGUAAUGGUUUAGUAAAACACUUUCUGAUUGUAUGGCAGUUCACUAACAAGUGUGCAGAACAGAAAUAUAAACGCAACAUGUAAAGUGUUGGUCCCAUUUUUCAUGAGCUGAAAUAAAAGAUCCCAGAAAUGUUCCAUACACACAAAAAACGUAUUUCUCUCACAUUUUGGGCACACAUUUGUUUACAUACCUGUUAGUGAGCAUUUCUCCUUUGCCAAGAUAGUCCAUCCACUUGACAGGUGUGGCAUGUCAAGAAGCUGAUUAAACAACAUGAUCAUGCUAGCUGUGCCACUAGAGAUCCUGGUUCGAGUCCAGGCUCUGUCGCAGCCGGCCGCGACCGGGAGACCCAUGGGGCGGCGCACAAUUGGCCCAGCGCCGUCCAGGGUAGGAGAGGUUUUGACCGUCCUCCUGUAGCUCAGUUGGAAGAGCAUGGCGCUUGCAACGUCAGGGUUGUGGAUUCGAUUCCCACGGGGGGCCAGUAUGACAAAUGUAUGCACUCACUAACUCUAAGUCGCUCUGGAUAAGUGCGUCUGCUAAAUGACUAAAAUGUAAAAAAAUUUAAAAUUGAUGUUCUUGUCCCAUCGCGCACUAGCGACUCCUGUGGCGGGCCGGGCGCAGUGCACGCUGACUCGUUCGCCAGGUGUACGGUGUUUCCUCUGGCACAUUGGUGCGGCUGGCUUCCGGAUUAAGCAGGCACUGUGUCAAGAAGCAGUGCGGCUCGGUUGGGUUGUGUUUCGGAGGACGCACGACUCUCGACCUUCGCCUCUCCCGUGUCCGUACGGGGGUUGCUGCGAUGGGACAAGACUGUAACUACCAAUUGAAUACCACGAAAUUGGGGAGAAAAAGGGAGAAAAUACCAACAAAAAAAACACAAAAAAUACAUGAUAAUUACACAGGUGCACCUCGUGCUGGGGAUAAUAAAUGGCCACUUUAAAAUGUGCAGUUUUGUCACACAAAACAAUGCCUCAGAUAUCUCAAGUUUUGAGCGAGCGUGCAAUUGGCAUGCUGACUGCAGGAUUGUCCACCAGAGCUGUUGCCAGAGAAUUGAAUGUCCAUUUCUAUACCAUAAGCUGCCUCCAACGUCGUUUUAGAGAAUUUGCCAGUACGUCCAACCGGCCUUACAAACGCAGACCACGUUUAACCACGCUAGCCCAGGACCUCCACAUCUGGCUUCUUCACCCGAGGGAUGGUCUGAGACCAGCCACCCGGACAGCUGAUGAAACUAUGGGUUUGCACAACUGAAGAAUUUCGGCACAAACUGUCAGAAACCGUCUCAGGGAAGCUCAUUUGCAUGCUCGUCGUCCUCACCAGGGUCUUGACCUGACUGCAGUUCGGCGUCGUAACCGACUUCAGUGGGCAAAUACUCACCUUCGAUGGCCACUGGCAGGCUGGAGAAGUGUGCUCUUCACAGAUUAAUUCCGGAUUCAACUGUACCAGGCAGAUGGCGUUGUGUGGGCGAGCGGUUCGCUGAUGUCAACAUUGUGAACAGAGUGCCCCAUGGUGGCGGUGGGGUUAUGGUAUGGGCAGGCGAAAGCUACAGACAAUGAACACAAGUGCAUUUUAUCGAUGGCAAUUUGAAUGCAAAGAGAUACUGUGACGAGAUCCUGAGGCCCAUUGUCAUGCCAUUCAUCAGCCGCCAUCACCUCAUGUUUCAGCAUGAUAAUGCACGGCCCCAUGUCACAAGGAUCUGUACACAAUUCCUGGAAGCUGAAAAUGUCCCAGUUCUUCCAUGGCCUGCAUAAUCACCAGACAUGUCACCCAUUGAGCAUGUUUGGGAUGCUCUGGAUCGACGUUUAUGACAGCGUGUUCCAGUUCCCGCCAAUAUCCAGCAACUUCGCACAGUCAUUGAAGAGUGAGACAACAUUCCACAGGCCACAAUCAAGAGCCUGAUCAACUCUAUGCGAAGGAGAUGUGUCAUGCUGCAUGAGGCAAAUGGGGAUCACACCAGAUACUGAUUGGUUUUCUGAUCCAUGCCCCUACCUUUUUUUUAAGGUAUCUGUAACCAACAGUCGCAUAUCUGUAUUCCCAGUCAUGUGAAAUCCAUAGAUUAGGGCAUAGUGAAUUUAUUUCAAUUGACUGAUUUCCUUAUAUGAACUGUAACUCAGUAAAAUCUUUGAAAUUGUUGCAUUUGCCUUUUAUAUAAUUUUGUUCAGUGUACCUCACACUGCUGCCUAUGUCUGUGCAAGUAAAAAAAAAAAUUGUGACUUUUCUUCUUCCCACAAAAGAAUUUCCAUAAUGAAGGAAUCACUGUCCACAGACACACUGCAGGUGAGAAUUAAAUAGACAUACUGAAUCUCUAAGUAACCGUAGCGGUGAUAGAUAGCUUUAUUUCUCAUUUCUUUUGCUCUCCAGAUGGUUGAAGCCCACAUUGAAUAUUUGAAAGAGGCAGUGGAGAAAAUAGGUAUCCCAAAAGUCAUAUCCGGUGAGUACUGUUUCAUCCUUUCCCGUUUAGUGAAUUGUGAUAUACAGUGCAUUCAGAAAAUAUUCAGACCCCUUGACUUUUUCCACAUUUUGUUACUUUAUGGCCUUAUUCUAAAAUGGAUUACAUUGUUUUUUUCCUCAUCAAUCUACACACAAUACCCCAUAAUGACAAAGCAAAAACAGGUUUUUUCAAAAUAAAUAAAACGGAAAUAUUACAUUUACAUAAGUAAUCAGACCCUUUACUCAGUACUUUCAUUCAGAGACUUGUCCCGAAGCCACUCCUGCAUUGUCUUGUCUGUGUGCUUAGGGUCGUUGUCCUGUUGGAAGGUGAACCUUCGCCCCAGUCUGAGGUCCUGAGAGCUCUGGAGCAGGUUUUCAUCAAGGAUCCCUCUGUACUUUGCUCCGUUCAUCUUUCCCUCGAUCCUGACUAGUUUCCCAGUCCCUGCCGCUGAAAAACAUCCCCACAGGAUGAUGCUGCCAUGCUUCACCGUAGGGAUGGUUCCAGGUUUCCUCCAGACAUGAUGCUUGGCAUUCAGGCCAAAUAAUUCAAUCUUGGUUUCAUCAGACCAGAGAAUGUUGUUUCUCAUGGUCUGAGAGUCCUUUAGGUGCCUUUUGGCAAACUCCAAGCGCGCUGUCAUGUGCCUUUUACUGAGGAGUUGCUUCCGUCUGGCCACUCUACCAUAAAGGCCUGAUUGGUGGAGUGCUGCAGAGAUGGUUGUCCUUCUGGAAGGUUCUCCCAUCUCCACAGAGGAACUCUGGAGCUCUGUCAGAGUGACCAUCGGGUUCUUGGUCACCUCCCUGACCAAGGCCCUUCUCCCUCGAUUGCUCAGUUUGGCCGGGCGGCCAGCUCUAGGAAGAGUCGAUGGUUCCAAACUUCUUCCAUUUAAGAAUGAAUCUGUGCCUCGACACAAUCCUGUCUCAGAGCUCAAAUCAAAUCAAAUCAAUUUUUAGUUGUCACAUACACGUGUUUAGUAGAUGUUAUUGCGUGUGUAGCGAAAUGCUUGCGCUUCUAGCUCCGACAGUGCAGUAAUAUCUAAGAAGUAAUAUCUAACAAUUUCACAACAUAUACCCAAUACACACAAAUCUAAUAAAGGAAUGGAAUUUAAGAAUACAUAUAUGGACAAGCAAUGACAGAGCGGCAUGGACUAAGAUACAGUAGAAUAUUAUAGAAUACAGUAUAUACCUAUGAGAUGAGUAGUGCAAGAUAUGUAAACAUUAUUAAAGUGACUAGUGUUCCAUUUCUUAAAGUGGCCAGUGAUUUCAAUAGGCAGAAGCAGCCUCUAAUGUGCUAGUAAUGGCUAUUUAACAGUCUGAUGGCCUUGAGAUAGAAGCUGUAAACGUUUGUGAGGGUUUUAGGUGCCAAGCCAAAUUUCUUCAGCCUCCUGAUGUUGAAGAGGCUCUGUUGCGCCUUCUUCACCACACUGUCUGCGUGAGUGGACCAUUUCAGUUUGUCAGUGAUGUGUACGCCAAGGAACUUGAAGCUUUCCACCUUCUCCACUGUGGUCCCGUCGAUGUGGAUAGGGGGUGCACCCCCUGCUGUUUCCUGAAGUCUCCUUUGUUUUGUUGACGUUGAGUGAGAGGCAAUUUUCCUGGCACCACACUCCCAGAGCCCUCACCUCCUCCCUGUAGGCUGUCUCGUCAUUGUUGUUAAUCAAGUCUACUACUGUUGUGUCGUCUGCAGACUUGAUGAUUGAGUUGGAGGCGUGCUUGGCCACAUAGUCAUGGGUGAACAGGGAGUACAGGAGGGGGCUGAGCAUGCACCCUUGUGGGGCCCCAGUGUUGAGGAUCAGCAAAGUGGAGAUGUUGUUUCCUACCUUCACCACCUGGGGGCGGCCCGUCAGGAAGUCCAGGACCCAGUUGCACAGGGCGGGGUUCAGACCCAGGGCCUCGAGCUUAAUGAUGUGCUUGGAGGGUAAUAUGGUGUUGAAUGCUGAGCUAUAGUCAAUGAACAGCAUUCUUACAUAGGUAUUCCUCUUGUCCAGAUGGGAUAGGGCAGUGUGCAGUGUGAUGGCGAUUGCAUCGUCUGUGGAUCUAUUGGGGCGGUAAGCAAAUUGAAGUGGGUCUAGGGUGACAGGUAAGGUAGAGGUGAUAUGAUCCUUGACUAGUCUCUCAAAGUUCAUGAUGACAGAGGUGAGUGCUACGGGGCGAUAGUCAUUUAGUUCAGUUACCUUUGCUUUCUUGGGUACAGGAACAAUGGUGGCCAUCUUGAAGCAUGUGGGGACUGCAGACGGGGAAAGGGAGAGAUUGAAUAUGUCCGUAAACUCACCAGCCAGCUGGUCUGCACAUGCUCUGAGGACGCGGCUAGGGAUGCCGUCUGGGCCGGCAGCCUUGCGGGGGUUAACAUGCUUAACCGUCUUACUCACGUUGGCCAUGGAGAAGGAGAGGCCACAAUCCUUGGUAGUGGGCCUCGUCGGUGGCACUGUGUUAUCCUCAAAGCGGGCGAAGAAGGUGUUUAGCUUGUCUGGAAGCGAGACGUCGGUGUCGGCGACGUGGCUGGUUUUCCUUUUGUAGUCUGUGAUUGUCUGUAGACCCUGCCACAUACGUCUUGUGUCUGAGCCGUUGAAUUGCGACUCCACUUUGUCUCUAUACUGAUGUCCUUAGCACGGGUACUUCCUGUUUUAGUUUCUGCCUAUAGUAAGGGAGGAGCAAAAUGGAGUCGUGGUCAGAUUUGCAGAAAGGAGGGCGGGGGAAGUAAUCCCGGAAGUUCGAAUAGCAAUGGUCGAGGAUUUUAGCAGCCCGAGUACAACAGUCGAUAUGUUGAUAGAACUUCGGCAGCCUAGUCCUCAAAUUUGGUUUGUUAAAAUCCCUGGCUACAAUAAAUGCAGCCUCAGGAUAUGUGGUUUCCAGUUUGCAUAAAGUCCAGUGAAGUUCUUUGAGGGCCGUCGUGGUAUCGGCUUGAGGGGGGAUGUACACGGCCGUGACUAUAACCUAAUAAAAUUAUCCUGGGAGAUAAUACGGUCGGCAUUUGAUUGUGCGGUAUUCUAGGUCGGGUGAACAAAAGGACUUGAGUUCCUGUAUGUUACUACAAUUACACCAUGAGUCGUUAAUCAGACAAUUCCUUCGACCUCAUGGUUUUAUUUUUACUCUGACAUGCACUGUCAACUGUGGGACCUUAUAUAGACAGGUGUGCACCUUUCCAAAUCAUGUCCAAUCAAUUGAAUAUACCACAGGUGGACUCCAAUCAAGUUGUAGAAAUAUCUCAAGGAUGAUCAAUGGAAACAGAAUGCACCUGAUCUCAAUUUCGAGUCUCAUAGCAAAGGGUCUGAAUACUUAUGUAAAUAAGGUAUUGUUCUGUUUUUAGUUUUUUAUACAUUUGCCCAAAUUUCUAAGAACCUGCUUUCAUUUUGUCAUUUUGGGGUAUUGUGUGUAGAUUGAUGAGGAUUUAAAAAUGUGUGUAAUCCAUUUUAGAAUAAGGCUGUAACAUAACAAAAUGUGGAAAAAGUUAAGGGGUCUGAAUACUUUCCGAAUGCACUGUAAGUGUGUUGUGAACAAUAUGUUCCUCUUUUGACCCUGUUGUCUUAGAACUAGAACCAAGUUUAACUGCAGUAAUGGACAAACAGGGAGCAAAUCUGUUUGAUAUCAUCGAACCCAAGGUUGUUUCUCAGGAUGUGAGUACUCAUACAUACACCUUUACUUCAUUCUUACUCAUCAUAAGCUCAAAUGAAAAUGUAUACACAAACUAUAGGACUAAAUACAUGUUAUACACAACUGAUACUAUUCAUUGUCAUCUGUCUUUCUGUCUGUAGGGUUUUGUGAUUAUCCAGACAGACUUUGGCUUUCCUCAUCAUCUGCUUGUGGAAUUCCUCAGGAAGACUCUGGAGUGAUUCUAGUAUUGAGAUAGUGGGAGUGGUCACAGGCGCUCCCUUUCUUGAGACGCGUAUCAAAUCACAUACAGUAGGCUAUACUGAGGUCUAAUGUGCAAUGUUUUGAAUGACCGUAUUAGUGGAAGUGUUGAUAAACUUAUACUUGGGAGUACAAUUACUAGUUGUAUUUGCACAUUGAACAGGUCCAAACACAUAGCAAAUCAGGCACUGCAUGUGUGUGAAAAGGUUUAUGAAAAGGUCAUUGUCUUUGUACGCUCAUUAUGAACUUCUGUAUUGACAUGGUUGAUUCUGUCUCUUAACCUUGUCCCUAAAGCUCAAUUAGACAUUCAACUUGGCUCAAUUAAAAACAUGAUUUGUAUUUGCAUACUGUAUGCAAAGGGUUAAAUGUGACCAUGGCAGUAGGGUAUUUCCGCUCAUUUCUUGUGAUUGGAUUGGUUAAUUUAAUAUGCCAUGGUUCAGGUGGCACAGGGCAGGUAGAACCGGUUCCUCUGCCAACUACCCUGGUAUACCAGGUGUCCUUCUGCCCUCUGGGAAGAUAGCCAUUGAUCGGUAGAAGAUUGCUUUAGAAUGGAAACAAUACCAACUUGUUUGGUCUCUAAAACGUCCCACUGAAAUGUGCAUUUUUGGAAAUAAACUAAUAUACGGUUGAUGGUAGUCUCCUUUAAAUUCAUACACUUUUUUAAAUAAAGUAAAGUAAUAGAGGAGAUAUAUAUUGGAAAAGUCUUGGAAAAUAAGUUAUAUUUUAUCAUAUAUAUAGGGACAAUGUUCUUAUAGAAAGGAAAGUACUACAUC